CCUGCACGAAUCUAUGGCGCGUCUCUACAACUUCGCUAUUUCAUUUCGAAAGACAUUGAUUUUUGAGAAUCAGAACGGAAACGAAAGGAGUGACAACUACUUACACUUGCGACAAACACAACGAUGGCGGAAGUAGAUAUUUCCCUCCCCGCGCAUCCCACAGGCGCAGCCGCCAAAUUAGCAGAAGCUCAUUCGGCCCUUCGGCCCCUACGUCUCUACGGCGGCUGGUUCUGCCCCUUCGUCCAACGCAGCUGGAUUGUCCUCCAUGAGAAGCGCAUCCCGCAUCAGUAUGUCGAGAUCAACCCCUACAAAAAAGCUUCCGACUUUCUGGCUCUCAAUCCGCGGGGUCUGGUGCCCACUUUAGCCGUGCCCGUGGACCCGAGCGGUGGCGGUAAAGAGCAGAAACCACUGUAUGAGAGCAGUAUCAUCUGCGAGUACCUCAAUGAGGAGUACGCGGAUGAGGGGAAGCACGGGCGGAAUCUAUUCCCGGAGAGCGGGUAUGAAAGGGCGAGGUGCAGAUUAUGGAUUGAUCAUAUCAGUAAAAACAUUAUCCCCGGGUUCUACAAGUGGAUCCAGCAUACACCCGAGAAGGAGUACAGCAUCGAGGAGGCACGGCAAGAGUUCUUCAAGAACGUCUUGACGCUCGUCAAGGAAAUGAACGCUGACAAUGAAGAGCAAGGCGGCGGCUCGUGGUUCCUAGGCGACAGGUUCAGCAUGGUAGACGUGAUGCUGGCGCCGUGGGCCAUGCGGCUGUUUCUUAUUGAACACUACAAACCGGGUGGUCUGGGGAUGCCGGCUGAGGGCCAGGGGGGCGAGGAUGAGAAGCUUUGGGGGAGGUGGAGGAGGUGGUUUGGGGCGACUACGGAGAGAAAGAGUGUGAAGGAGACCUGGAGCGAGGAUGAGUAUUAUGUGCGGGCGUACAAGAGGUACGCGGAGGAUACUACGCAGUCGGAGGUUGGCCAGGCUACAAGGAAGGGGAAGAAGUUGCCGUGAAACGGGGCAUGUUGCCAAUUGGCGCAGAGGAUGUAGAAUGAAAAGAUGUGUCUGUUUCAAAGCCUCGGGUGGUACUGAAGAUAAGGUGCUCAGCGCCUAUUAAAACGGUUGGUGAUAAUGGCAUAGUUGUGGCUGUGACCAGUUGAGAAGCGCGACAAGACACCAUACGCCUGCAGUGCGCUGGGAUUGCGAUGAAGGUCGCGCAGUACACCUAGCUGUGAACAACUGGGCGGUCUCUAAGAGCUGAUUGUGAGUGCA